AUGAUAAGCGGCUAUAAAGUGCCUUCAGUCUUUAAGAGAAUCUCAUCAAGUGUAGACUUAAAGAUGGACGUGAAAUUUAAAUUUUUAUUCAUUUGCGUAAUUUUAAAAUUUUCCAUUGCACAAAAGUGCUCAAUUGUGCAUGAUAAACUGGAUGCAUCACAAUCUGUGCUAUGUCAAAAUGUUGGUUCUAUGAACGAUAUUGCAGACGAGAUAAAAGACACAGCAGAAUGGCUAAACGUUAAAAUAAUCAACAAGGCACCAGUUGUGGAAUUUACAAACAAUGCAAUCAACGUUCCUUAUCUCCAUCUUAUACAAUCACUCGACUUAUCUCGCGUGGGGAAGCUGAAUUUUAAUGACAACGGAUUUGCAUCAUAUGACUCAUUGAGGGAACUCGACAUUUCAAAUACAGGAAUUAAAGCAUUCAAGAACAGCUGGUUUACAAAAAAGAAUAUUGAGGUGCUUGACAUCAGCCGUAACAAAAUGACAGAGUUGAGGCGCGACAAUUUGAAAUAUUUACCGAAAUUAAAGUUCUUUAAUGCAUCAAAUAAUGAUUUGGUGUUUGUGGAAGCGCACACAUUUAUGGAUUCAAAGAAAAUAGAAGUAGUUGCUCUGACUAAUAAUCAUAUACAGUCUGUGCAUUUUGAGAAUCUUGAUCAUUUGAAAACGUUAAAUUUGAAAGGAAAUGCUUUGAAUAAUAUCGGAGGAAACUACGUUCGAAUGCCAAAACUAGAGUUCCUCAACUUAGCAGAGAAUGUGAUUCAUGGAGUUGCUGAUAGAUGGCUGGAGACACUUGAAAGCUUGAAGUAUGUCAACCUGAGUAACAACAAGAUGCCACACAUUGGUGACUGGACAUUUGGAGGAGGCGAAAAGACAAAGCUUGUUGAACUUGAUUUGUCAUACAAUGCAAUCGGACCGCUUUAUCAAAAUUCAUUUGCCCACUUACCUCUACUGACCUAUCUUGACAUUUCACACAACAAAAUUACGGAAAUUCACCAGAAAAAUUUCGUGAAGCAGACUUUAUUGCAGUCAUUGUACCUUGAUAGCAAUAAGAUCGAUAAAAUCCAACCGAAUGCUUUUGAGAACAAUCUACAGCUGAGGAACUUAGACUUGUCUGUCAAUAAAAUUAAGACAUUCACAACAGCACUUUUUGGAACUAAAUUUGGAGGAAAUAGAUUGAGAAAGCUUAACUUGGCACAGAAUGAGCUUGCAGACAUUGAUGCUAAUUUGUUUGCUAUUCUUAAGAACUUGGUGACUCUGAACUUGUCGUCGAAUAAACUCAAAGAGUUGUCACCAGACUCACUCAAGAGCAACACCAAGCUACAGGAACUAUAUCUUGAUGACAACGAAAUUGACUUUCUAGUUCCAACUUUCUUCAAGAAUUUCAAUGCUUUGGAAGAUUUUAGCAUUCAAAAUAAUCGAAUUUCCUUCAUUCCUGACACAGCUGGUUUGAAAAAACUCCAGCGAAUAUCAAUUGGACAAAAUCCACUCCAAUGCAUUUGUAUGAAGGAACUUCUCAUUUGGGCACGCACCAAUAAGUGUAAAUUCGUCAACGAAAAGGAAAAUGUCAAGAAUCCAGACUGUGUUGUCGUACCUGAAACAACAUGUGUCAAAGAGAAAGCAAAGAUUGAUAAUUAUGGAAUGUAUGAUCGAUUCUUAGAUGGAAUGCCUGUCGAUGUAGGUGAUCGAUCAAGUUUUGCAUUUGAAAUGUAAAAAGGUUCUGCUAUAUGCUUAAUAAAUGGUAAUUGAUGCACAAUUUGGGUUUAAAAUAAAGGUUUUGAAUUUUA